AGCGAGUCUGGCAGGGCAGUCAGCGAAACGCAACGAAAGUGUAAGGUGGUGGUGUCUGGCUCACUACCUCCCAUUUAUUACUUUUGUGUUGUGCUGCGGGAAACAGAAGUGACAUCGUUUGUUUUUAGAUGAGUGUGACAACCGGACUGUGAGAAGGAGGGAGGAGAAAGAACUGCGUUGGAAUGAAGGGCAUAGAGUGAGGGUGUCCUUGUGGGUCCAAGACUGAGGAUUCCCUGCUACUCUGCUCAACUCUCCUUCCCAAGUAGUUCCCUGGCCACUCACAGGAGGUCUUGGAUGAUGCAAGUACUGAGGCGACUAAACUGAAGACAGCAUAUCUUUGUGGCCACCAUGUUGCAGCAGAUAUUCUAUUUCACAGUCCUGGCGUGGAUGUGGAUUGCUGUUGAGGCAAUGGGUUGUGGGAUGUGUGAAGAGACUGUUCAGAAUUCUAUGACUUGUUCCAGUACAGCAGACCAAAAAGUAAAAUUUUCUGUGGAUGUGUCCUUGAAGGGAAAGAUUCGCUUGCAGUGUUUGCACUCCACAGAGGCUGACUACUCACUUAUGGAAGGUUGUGACUUCUCUUCAGUUACUCAUGCAGAAUUUCUUGGAUGUGCUCUUCCUAAUGUUUCAUAUAAGGAAGUCCUUUACAAAAUUGGUGUGAAUCCAGAAAGUGUUAGGUCCUUGGCUUUUUUGAAUGUGAGCAAGAAUGGCACAUUGUUGCAGCAGCAUCUGGAAGAACUGAAUGAUUUAAAGAUGUUGCAGGUGACGGGCAUACAUUCUGUAGCAAGUGAUGUAUUUAGAAGCACACUUAUGCUGGAGGCUAUAGAAAUUUCUGAUAGCACAAUGAAUCAACUUGGUGCAGACCUUUUCCAUAACAUGACAAAGCUUCAGAUAGUAAUGCUGCAACAUAACAUGCUAGAAGAGCUUCCAGAUAAGCUUUUCUCUGGCACUCCCAGUAUUCGUACUAUUCAACUCCAUAACAAUCAAAUCAGAACCCUCCAGGACAGUCUGUUCAAGGACUUGAAAUUUCUUACUACCUUGAAUGUUAGCAAGAACAAAUUGGAAAAAUUAUCUGGUGAUGUGUUUUCUGAAAACCAUAUAAUGGAAUACAUAGAUAUGAGUGAAAAUCUUAUAUCAGAGAUACAUACUGGAACUUUCACAAAUCUGCAGAAACUGAAGGUGCUCAACUUAGGCCACAACAGACUGAAGACAUUGCCUUGGGGUACACUGAAAGAAUGUCUGGAUCUGCAAAAACUUUGGCUCAACAACAACUUUCUGACCCAUCGUGGCAUCAGAAAUGCCUUCCCACGCAUGUCUUCACUAAGAUACUUGGACCUCGGUUACAAUAAUAUCAGCAUACGCAGCAUGAGUAACUUUGCACUGCAUAACCAAACUAAGCUGCAGUAUCUCUUCUUGAAUAAUAAUAAUAUAAGUAUAAUACCAGACAGUUUGAAUAAUGUCUAUGUGGACCUCGUGAGAGUUGACUUCUCAUGGAAUUCAUUUGAGGUUUUAAAUUAUACUUCCCUUAUCUUUCAAUCAAAUGUGGUGGAAUUAGAUUUCAAGUUUAAUAAUAUAGAGACUGUUGAUUUUACUUUUAGUUUUUCAUUGCAUAAAAAGAAAACAAUGACCCUAGCCUUGGAAGGAAACCCAUUAUUGUGUCAUUGCCGCACUUAUGGCUUCCUGAGGAUGUUGCAAGGUUUGCCAUUUGUGAGAGUAAACAAUACAAUGGAAAUCACUGUAAAAGACAUUGAAGAAGCAUUCUGUCAAUUGCCCAGUGGUGAGCUUGUGAACUUGAUGGAGAUGCAGACAGAAACCAUCACAUGUCGGUUAACUGCUGAUGAUGUUUGUUCCUAUGAUUUUAGACUCUUUGAUGGGAGGAUAGUCAUUGAUUGCUCCUAUCAGAACCUUAAGUCAAUAGGGUUCCUCAAUCUUUCCAAGUCAAUAGAGUUCCUUAAUCUUUCCAAGUACAAUAACAAUAAACCUAACUACACUCUGAUCCUGGCAAACAACAGACUUACAAGCCUCGCUGGCUUGCAGAUCUAUACCAAUUUGCUCAACCUUGUAGUGCCAUAUAACAAACUAUCCAGCAUCAAUACGUCUCAUCUUCCACCCAACUUGAAGGCCCUGGAUGUGCGAGGUAAUAAUCUCACUAACUUGUCACCAGCCAUCCUCGACUAUCUAAAUGCAACUGACAUGAGCCUCAAGCUGGGAAGUAACCCAUGGCACUGCAGCUGUGACAUGCUAGAUCUGUUUCAAUUCCUCCACGUCCCAUCUCGUAAGGUGAAUGACUUCACGGAACUGCAGUGUGAGAGCGGAGAGCUGGUGAUGGACCUGAGCGAACAUGACCUUUGCCCGUUCUUCAUGCAGCCAAUGGUCAUUGUCACCAUAGUGGUCAUCCUCAUCCUUCUCACCAUCUUCAGUAUUCUUGGGACUGUGAGCUUCUACAAGUACAAGCAAGGCAUAAAGGUUUGGUUGUAUGCCCACCACAUGUGUCUCUGUGCCAUCACUGAAGAUGAACUGGAUGCAGACAAGAAGUAUGAUGCAUUCAUCAGUUACUCUCACAUGGAUGAAGAGUUUGUGAUGAAGGAGCUGGUGCCUGGCCUGGAGUGCGGGGAGCCUAAGUACCGUGUGUGCCUCCACUACCGGGACUGGGUGCCCGGGGAGUACAUCCAGAACCAGAUCAUGCAAAGUGUGGAGGCAAGCCGGCGCACCAUUGUGGUCCUUUCAUCAAGCUUUAUUGAGAGUGUUUGGGGGCAACUGGAGUUCCGUGCAGCUCACUCCCAGGCCCUGCAGGACCGCACCAAUAGGCUCAUCAUCAUUGUCUAUGGCAAGAUCCCAGCAGAGUCUGAGCUGGAUGAAAAGUUGAAGUUGUACAUCACCACAAAGACUUAUGUGCGCUGGGGUGAUAGCAAGUUUUGGGAUAAACUUAGGUACAUCAUGCCCCAUCCACCAGAUCUUGUGCAGAAAAAACGUAACAAGAAUAUCGAUAAUAAACUAGAACUUAGUAAAUCACCCCCAAAGCAGAGCAUGUGUUGAGAAAACUGCUUUUGACAAGUGAUAAAUAAUUAUGCAAAUAUUUUGGCCAAAUUUCAUCACUCAUAAGUUCAUGAUGCAACCAACCGUUAGUCUGGAAUUGAACCAGACUUGAGUCAGAGCAGGUUUGCUUCUUGAAAAAAGGGGUUUGCACUCUCUGGUGAGCAUUCCCAACUUUUUGUUCAGCAGAGUCAGCUGUGGAAGCUCACUUUGGGUGCUGUGGUACAUGUAUUAACAAACCACAUGAUUCAUAUAUGAUGAGACAGCAGGCCCUUAAAUAUCAGAUAGUAAACAUCUGAUGUCAGUAAAUAUUGUUGUCAAUAAUGUCUAAUUUGAUUCAUCUCUAUUAGAAUUUUGCUCAGUAAUCAUGAUUAUCAUAAGAAUUUACUAUUUUGCUCAGUAAUCAUGAUUAUCAUACUCUUAAGAUGUUUUAUGCUAAGAUAGUGAUGGAGCUGAAUAUGGAUAUGGUGUUUUAAGGCCAGAGACUGUGAUGGCGAUGGAGCUGAAUAUGGAUAUGGUGUUUUAAGGCCAGAGACUGUGCUGCCAUCAGCUUCUUCAAAUGUUGACCAUGUUGGCCAAAACAAGUACAGUAUAGCUUGUCUUGUCCUAAGUACAGUAUUGAGUGCUCCAGUGACAGUAAAGGGCAAGUACAGUGUGGAUUACACCCUGCAUGUACUAAGCAGGGUUUUUUUUUUUUUUUUUUCAUGUCCUCUUGUUUCUCUUCAUUCAAUGCAAGUAGGUUAGAUCUUCCUUAUCUACUUUUUUUUCCAUUCCAAUAUGUAAAGUGCAAUUAUAUACAUAGUAUAUCGCUACUCUUGUCUAAUUUCCAAACUGCAGUUGUCUCCUAGAUUGUCUCUCCUUGUAUUGCAAUCCUGAUAUCGUCAAGGUUGCUGCUCUCUGUUGAGGCGUUCACGUUCCAACAUUACGUGCUUUUUUUCAUGCGUUGACCAAGUUACUGCUGCACAUUCUAAUCGUGUGUGUGUGUGUGUGUGUGUUUGGGAGGGGGCUGCGUGCGUAUUGCAAAAUCACAGGAGUGAUAUAUUUCACAGUCUCCAAUUCUCUUACACAUUACAGGCUGUGAUAUUAGUUUAUAUAUUUUACAAUUGUAAAGUUGUUUGUAUAUAUGAUAACAGUGAUACAAUUAGAUUAGCAGGAAAAAGAGCCUGCAAACAAAUGUACGGAUUCUCAUUUUUAUCUGAAUAAAAAACUAAAAUGA